AUGUCUGAUAGCGAGUCAUUCUCUGAGCGUGAGCCCAAUGCGUUCGAUGAGGAGUCAUCGGAAGUUCUCUUUGACUCCGAUGGUGAAGCGGCAGGGCCUGAUGCCGAGGGUGGGAGUGAUACCGAUGUUGAGAUACUCGGUGAAUGGCCCAGCUCCAUUCCAAUACACGGCAUCGGAAAGGGGCAAAUGACCGCUCCAGUGCCAUUGUCCAUUGUCUAUAGUGACGGCCGCCAUGUGGGCCUCGGCAUGCCUGGGGAGGCGAGCGUUAGUCGCCAGUCAGAGACCUCCACUUCCGGCCGUGGAGAGUCAGCCGCCGAACCAUCCUCUCGGCCGAGGGUAUCGGUAGUGUACCCAACCAACCCUAGGGUACCUAUGGGGGUGCCGAAGGAAAAUUUGUUCGGCGUCGACUAUCUUGGGCCGAACAAGAUUACCGAGCGGGAGAUUGCCAAAUAUCGAGCGGAAUACCGCAUCCCCGAUUCGGUUCGAAUGAGGAUCCCGGGCCCUACAGAAUCCCUCAGCAAGCCGAAGGACGGCGAGGUGGUUUUCUUCACCGACGUCCUUGUGCAAGGCGUUUGGUUGCCAUUGCAGCCGGCGGUACAGAGGAUUUUGGCCCAGAUCGGCUAUGCUCUGGGGCAAUUUAACCCGAACUUAUGGGUGGCCCUCAUGGGAGUGAUAACGGCCUUCGGCAUGGUCGGUGAAGGGUAUCCAUCCUACGAGCAGUUCUCGCACCUGCACAGCAUCACCAAGUCCAAGUGUGCCGAUCACGGUGGAUGGGUGCAGGCGAACUGUCUCAAGGCUACCGAGCGUGGCCACUUUGUUAGCUGGGUACCGACUUCUCAGAAGUCAUGGAGGAAUCGGCGAGUGCUCCUCUCGGGUGACUGGGAGUCGCCUUCGGGACAGCCUGUCCGAUUUCGCAUUCCCACAACAUUCCAAAUAGCCGGUAAAUUAAAGCAGCCGAUCGCAACGCAAGCGGAGAUCCAGCAAGUGAAGAGGGUGAGGAGCAAGGUCCCUACCGAGAAGAAGGUGUAUCUGCAAUUUCUCUUCAGGCCCAACUGGUCGAUCCUGCCGAAAUUGUUUUUGGCCGUAGUAAGCUUUACCGAUCCCUCUUUACGCAGUGACGGAAGAGAGGAGAGCUGCCGAGGCUAA